AUGGACCUUACCGUGACCGUUCACAGCAGCACCAACCUGACAAAUAUCCCAUAUGAGAUCACAGUUCAUGAACUGGGCUCAAACGAUGCCAAGGCAACAGCCAAAGGUACUAGCGGAUCCGCAUUUACCUUUAACGUCCCAUCACCAGAGCUGUGGACUCCCGACAGUCCCACCCUAUACAAUAUUACCAUCAAAAUGGCUAGCGACACCAUCCAAAGCUACACCGGAUUCAGAACUGUCUCCCGCGGUACCAUCAACGGCAUACAGCGCCCACUCCUGAACGGAAAGUUUGUUUUCCCCUUUGGUACUCUCGAUCAAGGAUACUGGCCAGACGGAAUCUACACACCUCCAAGCGUCGAGGCCAUGGUGUACGAUCUCAAGGUGCUGAAGAAUGUUGGCUACAACAUGGUACGCAAGCACAUCAAAGUGGAACCAGCCUUGUUCUACAGAGCUUGCGACGAGAUGGGGAUGUUGGUCAUUCAAGACAUGCCUUCUCUACGACCAGAUCUGCCGGACGGCUGUGGUAGUAAGCGAUUAGCAGGCCAAGAUGCGCAAGAUGAGUUUGAUCGUCAGCUGGCUUUGAUGGUAGAGCAGCUCAAGUCAUACCCCAGUAUCUUUGCUUGGACAAUCUACAACGAGGAAUGGGGCCAGGAUACCUCGCCUCCAUGGCCCGAGUUCCCAUUGACAGAAAUGGUAAGAAAGAUCGAUCCCACUCGCCUUGUCAAUGCAGUCAGUGGCUGGACGGACCACACAGCCGGUGACUUCGACGACAACCACCACUACUCCACCCCCCAAUGCGGCACGCCAUUCUGGUCCCGCCAAGGCAACAACUACGACUCCGCCUACGACAGUUCGCGCAUCGGUCUGCAAGGCGAAUUCGGCGGCAUCGGCACCCAGCUUCCCGAAGACAACUACGCGCACGCCUGGUUCAAGGACCUGGAGAAGCAGACUGCAUACGAACUUACCAACGGAACUAACUGGUGGAACUAUCGCUGCCACGAUUUGCUCAACCAAUUGCGCGAGCAGAUUGAUCUUUUUGCUUGCUCGGGUGGGGUCUGGACGCAGACUACGGAUGUGGAGGGGGAGGUUAAUGGGAUGAUGACUUAUGAUAGGAAGGUCACAAGGAUGAACGAGACUAUGUGGAAGGAGGAUAUUCAGGCGCUUUAUGAUGCGGCGGAGAAACGAGCGAAUAAUGCGACGAUGGUUAUUAGAGAUGUGGGAGGUGGGGGCUUACAGUACGGUAUGCCUUGA